AUGGACAUAACAAUACCUUACAGAAACAGUUUCUUCUCUUUCGCUCCUCUUUCAGACAUGAUCAGACAUGCCUCCACUGACUCCACCCCUAGUGACAGUGGCUCCACCCCUAGUGACAGCGGCUCUAGUCCCUCCCCCAGCACCCCUCAGAAGCUGCUCCCAUCAUGCACCUCUCUGUUUGGGCCGCGAUUGGUCCGGGCCACGCCCAGCUCCUCCGCGACCCCGCGACCCCAGCCUGAAGGUUCCGACCGUCGCCACAGUAACACGGUCCGGCUUAGCGGGAAGUUUGGAGGUCACGGACCCUGUGGACGCCGCAGCGGACCCAUGAAGAUGGAGAGAAUCAAGGUGUGUGUGUGUAUAUGUAUGUGUAUGUUUACCAAUGGUCUCCUCUUCUCUUUAUUUUUUUCCAAUGUUCAUCCAACGUUUUCAUUAUGUUCUCCAGGUCCUGAUGGGCUCAGAGGUGGAGAGUGACUACAAGCAGCCAGAGAACAUGGACACACGGGUGGUGAUGGGCCAGGAGUCCCUGCUCAAGACCAAGGAGACCCUGACAGGGAAGUGCCCAGGCAGACAGAGCAGUCAGGCGAUACCCCUGCCCGGAGGCCCAGUCUUGGAGGUCCCUAUGCCUCCCUCAGAACCCCAGGCCGAGGCUGGGGAAAAGGCCCAACUGGACACAGGGCAGGAGAGAGACAACUCACCUCUGACCCCAAAGAUGGAGCAAGAGCAGGAGAGAAGCCCUGUCCUGCCCAUUAGCCCUCUCCUCACCUCUCUGCUAACCCCCCUCAUGCCUGCCUCCCCUCCCUCCUCAGAGCCAGUCACAGUGGAUGUUAGUUUGACGGGCAGCUUAAGCCCAUUGGAGGCAGGGCUGUCUCCCUAUGGUGAAAUGUCUUUUGUAUGUGCCAUGUAUGCUAUGCCUUCCCUGUCCGAGCCAGCGUAUCCCCCUGCUAUCCUAUCUUUCACUGAGCCGGCCUAUGCCGUGGACCCUCUGAGAGUGGGCGUUCCCUCAUCCCUGGAUCCUGACCUGUACUACACCGCCCCCUCCACCCCCAUCAAGAUGGCUGCUCGCCCCUCACACCUCAAACACCGCUCUUACCCCGGCUCCCCAGCCUCUCCUCUCUCACCAAACUCCCCCUCGGACAGCGAGGACCUGUGCUCCCCCCUCACCUCCCCCUCUGGCUCCUACGUUACUGCGGAGGGGGGCAGCUGGACUUCUUCCACCUCCCCCUGCACCUCCCCCAAUCUGCUCCUGGCAGAGGAGGUGCAGGAGGCACCUGCAUGCUUUGUCAGCUCGCUGUCUGAAAUCGGAGACGAGGUGGGGGAGGAUAGGGGAGCAGUAGGGGAGAGGGCAGAGGAGAGGGGAGGAGGAGCAGCAGAGUGGCGGUUCUGCCUCUAUAAGGGUCUAGCAGAGACUGUGAUCCUGGAGGAGGAGGAGGUGCUGAGAGGGGAGGUGAGAGGGAGGAGGAGUGAGGAAGCGACAGUCUCAAGGGGUAGCUGUCGCCCUCGCUGGGUGACAGAGGACACUUCCCCAUUGAGGAGCAGCAGCGGCAGAAGCACCGACUCCCAGGAAGAGGGAGGGGAGUCGGAGGGCUCGCUCUGCCCAGCAGAGGAUGCUCUGGCUGGGGGACAGCAGUACUCUAGUCCCCUGCUGCAAAGAGGCCUGGAGCUGGAGCUGCAGGCCUGUGUGUCUGAGGAGCUUUACCCUCCCAUUACCAACUCCCCACGGCUGACCUCCAUCUUCUCCCCCUUUUCCCCAGACAUGGGGAACCUAAGCCCUCACACCUCCAGCGUCAACCCUACUUCCCCCAACCUCACCCUGGACACCUGCUCUCCAGAUGUGUCAGACGGGGAUAACUCCAGUCCGUACGGAGAGAUGGGUCCCUUCCUGCUGUUCCCAGGCUCCUACAGUGAUGAUGGAGAAAUGGAGGAGGAGGAGGAGGAGAGGAUGAUCCCAGCCUCUCUGCUUAACUUCCCCCUCCACACCAGCCUCCUCUUCCAGGCAGACUCCAUGGAGAUCACUCUCUUCCCCACAGAGGAGGGGAAUGAAGGGAAUGAUGUGGAUGCGUACGCGGCCGGAGAGGAGGAGGGGGACGUGGAGGAUGAUGAUGAAGAUGAUGAUGAUGAUGAUGAUGAUGAUGAGGAAGAAGUGGAGGCUAAGGUAGAGAUAGAGGAGGCUAAGGUAGAGGUAGAGAUAGGGGAAGAGGUGGAUGAAGAGGAGGGUGAGGAUGUUGAGGAGGAGGGUGAGGGUAAGGCUGUAAAUGACCCAGCUGAAGAGGACACCUCGGCCUCCUUCCUUCAUUCACUGUCGGAGACUUCCAUCAACGAGGGGCUGGAUGAAUCCUUCUGUUUCCAUGACGACACUGACGACUCACUAGACUCUGCCUCUUAUAAUGGCGAGGAGGAUGAGCGGCUGUAUAGCACAGAGAGACAUGCUGAACCACCCACAGAACCACCCACAGGACCACCCACAGAACCACCCACAGAACCACCUACAGAACCACCCACAGAACCACACAAAGCCAAACCUCAGCCUGAAACCAGACCAGAGGCCCACUGCACUGAACCGUCCCAGUCCCAGAGGAGACCUAGCCUAAACAAUCCCCCAGGAGCCAAAGAGCCCAGGCCUGAUGAUCCUCCAGGACCUAGACCACCACAACCUGCACUUGCACCUGCCCAACCUGCGGAAUCAGCCCACCCCGAGUCCUCCAACAGCGGCAGUGAGAGUGAAAUGGAGAUCUCCUCAGAGUCCUCUGACCCUCCUGUCCCUGCUCCUUCUCAGGAGAGCCCUUCUGUCUCUACCCUUACCCCUAAACCUGCUACAACCCCUUACCCUGCUACCCCUACCCUAAAGACUAUCCCUAAGACUACCCCUGCUACCGUGUCAACCCCUAAAACCAAGCCUGCAACUCUCUCUAACCCCAACACUAACCGUGCAACUGCCCCUAACGCUAAAUCUGCUACUGUCUGUACCACUAACACUAACCCUGCUACAGCCUCAACACCACAAAAUAACCCUGCUACUUCCUCCACCCCCAAAACUAUCCCUGCUACCAUCUGUCCACCUGAAAUUAACCCUGCUAUGGUCUCUACCCCUAACACUAACAGUGCUCCUGCCCCUAACGCUAAAUCUGCUACAGCCUUUACCACUAACACUAACCCUGCUACAGCCUCAACUCCAAAAACUACCCCAGCUACAUGCUCUACCCCAAACCCUGCUGCUACUCCUAACACUAACCCUGCUGCUACAAUCGAGGAGACAGCGUCCCACAGCAAUCCUGUCACCCUGGCAACGCAGCCAUCCCAUAACAGCCCUGUGACCCUGGGCAACAGAAACAGGGCCAGCCAAAGCAGCUGCAGAGGAAGUACGGGCUGGUACGGUGAGAGAGGAGGACAAAAGGAGUGGUGCAAAGAGAGAGAAAGACAAACAGAGCGGUGGGGAGAGAGAGAAGGACAAAAAGAGCAGUGGGGAGAGAGAGAAGGACAAAAAGAGUGGUGCAGAGAGAAAGAAAUACAAACAGAGCGGUGGGGAGAGAGAGAAGGACAAACAGAGCGGUGCGGAGAGAGAGAAGGACAAACAGAGCGGUGCGGAGAGAGAGAAGGACAAACAGAGUUGUGCAGAGAGAGAGAAGGAUGAACAGAGCACAGAGACUUCAGAAGAGGACCACACAGAGCAGACAGACAGAGACUCGUUCAAACUACUCAUUAAGCCACGCCCCUCUAAGUCAGACACACCCCGGCCUAAACAGAAGACCUCUGAGCCCUGUAAGCCCCUCCCACGUGUGUUUGGGGUUGCAGCGGCUUCAGUCCGGUCCAACCCGCUUCUGGUGUCAGUGCUGGAACUGGACCAGAAGAACGGGAACAGCAGGCGCUGAAGGUGUGGACUCCCAUCUGGUCCUUGAAGGGACCACUGCCACCAACGACCUGAACAAGGGGGUCCCUCUGCUCUCGUACCCCAAAGAACCUAACCCCAGCAACAUCCCUGUCUCUUCCUGCCCUGAGAGCUCACCUGACCUGGCUAACAACCUGUCCCUGACCCCUGACCUCUGCCCAUGUGACCCCGCCCAGGAGAACCUGAGGGAGAACACCUUGAGCACUGAGGAUGGGGGCCCUGGGGCCCUCGGCUCCCCUCACACACCCCUGGCUGUCUCUCCCAAGAGGGAGAACUCAGAGACAGACACAGGGGGGAGGAGGGGAGCUGGGGGCUGGAGGGCUGAUAGGAGGGAGUUAGGAGCAGGGGCUGGGGCCUGGGGGGCAGGGGAGGCCCUAUCUCUCUCUCUGGGGCAGGGCUGUGGGUUGGAGGCACAGAGCCUGUUACUGUGUGAGGUGGAGGGACAUACGGUUGGACAGACAAUUGGACAGACGAUUGGACAGACACUCUCCGGGCUGCCCAAUGUCGGCACAGACGAGGAUGAGGUGGGUGAUAUAAUGGGGGACGAAGACGACAACAACAGCCUGUGUGGUCGGCCGGACAAGAUGGCAGAUGUCGAGCUCGUGGGAGAGGGUGUGCCAGAGUCCAACCUGUCCAGCUGGAGGUCCAUUGAGGAGAUCUCAGAGGCAGGGGGAGGAGAGGACGGAAGCUCCCGAUUCCCAGAGGAUGAUGUCAGCAACCUGCAGAGUCACCCUGGAAAACAAGGAGGAGCAGGAAAACAACAACGAGUCAGUGUUCCUAUCCUCUGGAAUGCCAACCUGUGUGACUCUGAAUGCCCUGUCGGAAGAGGUGAGACACCAGAGCCAGAGUGUGAGUCUGAGGGCGUCCCUCUCAAACAUACCACUCACAGAGGUGAGACCACAGGCUGCUGUAGCCUCCGAUAGGCCAACAACAUCAACGGACAGCUCAACACACCAAUCAGACACAAGACUGGCUUCCUUGUCCAUGGAAAGCCCUGGGCGUGUCUCACCACCAGGAGGUAAACCACAGACUGUCUCAGACCAGAGCCCUGGUUCAGUAGAGGCAGCCAUUUCCAGACCCAACAGUAACACAGAUCUUAACCCAGCAGUCAAACAGGUAGACCCUGCUCUGUCUCUGCUGGGGGGGGCGUUUGGAUCCUUCAGCCCUAAAAUCAGACCAAGCAACUCCAAGUCAGCCAGACUGUCCCAAGAAACUUCGCCAUCAGUGAGGAAAGACACAGUAGAGAAUGUCCAAGUCUCCCAAAAAACGUCUCUCUCAGUGGGCAAAGACAAAGUAGAGAAGGUCCAAGUUUCCCAAGAAAUGUCCCCAUCAGUGGGCAAAGACACAGUAGAGAAGGUCCAAGUCUCCCAAGAAUGUUCUCUAUCAGUGGGCAAAGACACAGUAGAGAAGGUCCUAGUUUCCCAAGAAAUGUAUCCAUCAGUGAGCAAAGACACAGUAGAAAAGGUCAAUGUCUCCCAAGAAUCUUCCCUAUCAGUGGGCAAAGACACAGUAGAGAAGGUCCACGUUUCCCAAGAAUCUUCCCUAUCAGUGGGCAAAGACACAGUAGAGAAAGUCCAAGUUUCCAAAGAAUCUUCCCUAUCAGUGGGCAAAGACACAGUAGAGAAGGUCCAAGUUUUUCACAAAACUUCCCCAUCAGUGAGCAAAGACAUAGUAGAGAAUAUCCAAGUCUCCCAAGAAAUGUCCCUAUCAGUGGACAAAGACACAGUAGAGAAGGUCCACGUUUCCCAAGAAAUGUCCCCAUCAGUGAGCAAAGACACAGUAGAGAAGGUCAAUGUCUCCCAAGAAUCUUCCCUAUCAGUGGGCAAAGACACAGUAGAGAAGGUCCAAGUUUCCCAAGAAUAUUCCCUAUCACUGGGCAAAGACACAGUAGAGAAAGUCCAAGUUUCCAAAGAAUCUUCCCUAUCAGUGGGCAAAGACACAGUAGAGAAGGUCCAAGUUUUUCACAAAACUUCCCCAUCAGUGAGCAAAGACACAGAAGAGAAGUUCCAAGUUUCCCAAGAAAUGUCCCUAUCAGUGGGCAAAGACACAGUAGAGAAGGUCCAAGUUUCCCAAGAAACUUCCCCAUCAGUGAGCAAAGACACAGUAGAGAAGGUCCAAGUAUUCAGAGAAUCUUCCCUAUCAGUGGGCAAAGACACAGUAGAGAAGGUCCAAGUUUCCCAAGAAAUGUCCCCAUCAGUGAGCAAAGACACAGUAGAGAAGGUCCAAGUCUCCCAAGAAUAUUCCCUAUCAGUGAGAAAAGACACAGUAGAGAAGGUCCAAGUUUCCCAAGAAACUUCCCCAUCAGUGAGCAAAGACACAGUGGAGAAGGUCCAAGUAUUCCAAGAAUCUUCUCUAUCAGUGGGCAAAGACACAGUAGAGAAGGUCCAAGUCUCCCAAGAAUAUUCCCUAUCAGUGAGAAAAGACACAGUAGAGAAGGUCCAAGUUUCCCAAGAAACUUCCCCAUCAGUGAGCAAAGACACAGUGGAGAAGGUCCAAGUAUUCCAAGAAUCUUCUCUAUCAGUGGGCAAAGACACAGUAGAGAAGGUCCAAGUUUCCAAAGAAAGUUCCCCAUCAGUGAGCAAAUACACAGUAGAGAAAGGCCAAGUCUCCCAAGAAUCUUCCCUAUCAGUUGGCAAAGACACAGUAGAGAAAAUCCAGGUUUCCCAAGAAACUUCCCCAUCAGUGGGCAAAGACACAGUAGAGAAGGUCCAAGUUUCCCAAGAAACUUCCCCAUCAGUGAGCAAAGACACAGUAGAGAAGGUCCAAGUCUCCCAAGAAUGUUCCCUAUCAGUGGGAAAAGACACAGUAGAAAAGGUCAAAAUUUCCCAAGGAUCUUCACUAUCGGUGUGCAAAAACACAGUAGAGAAGGUCCAAGUUUCCCAAGAUAUUUCCCUAUCAGUGGGCAAAGACACAGUAGAGAAGGUCCAGGUUUCCCAAGAAAUGUCCCCAUCAGUGAGCAAAGACACAGUAGAGAAAGUCCAAGUUUCCCAAGAAUCUUCCCCAUCAGUGAGCAAAGACAUAGUAGAGAAGGUCCAAGUUUCCCAAGAAUCUUGCCUAUCAGUGGGCAAAGACACGGUAGAAAGCAUGAUAAAACUCUGCUCCCAGCCUCAGCAAGAGGAGACGGUGAGCCAAAGAGAGGGUGGUGGCGGUCAGACGACUGACAGGCACAUUGACCAACCAAAGACGAGCUUGGCCUUAGAAGGGCAGGAGAGCAGUGUUUGUAUCUCAGGGGAAAGAGAGGUGAAGGAGAGAGCAGAGGAGAGAUUCUCUCCAACAGAGAGUGUUCCAGAACCUGCACAGCAUCACAUACCUGAGGGAGAGCUGAGCACAGAGAAAGCCAUCACUCCUCCUCAGCCAAGGAGGAGAGGGAAGCAGAGGAAGCAGAGCAGAGACAGACCCAGUCAGCCGCGCAGACAGGCUCCGUCAGGCUCUGGGUCUACUGAUCAACUUCAGGAACCAGCUCUCCCUGCCAAGACCCCAGCAGACGCCUCCCCACCAGGGAAACAAAAGAAUAAGAACACAAGGGUCCAAAAAUCUGCUGCAGACACCAGACAGAGGACACCUGUGAAAGGCAAACCUGAGGCAGAGUCCGAGAGGAGAGGGGAAAACAGAAACGUCUCUGGUGCCCUGACUCCCCCUAGUCCUACCAACCUCAGCCCCAUCACUCCCGCUCUCCUAGUCAAUCAGGAAGUGAACCCGGAAGUGCACCAGGAAAUGCUUGAUAACAGGCCGCUGCCUGGUUGCCAGGCAGAAAGCAGGAAGGACAUAAAUGAUAACAAUGUGGGGAGUGGCCAUGCCUCCCCUACAGAACAGAAUAGGUCCUCUUCUCCUCCACCUCUUCCCUCCUCCUCUCCUCCCCCACUUUCCUCCUCUCCUCUUUCCUCAUCUCCCCCACCUCUUCCCUCCUCCUCUCCUCCCCCCCUCUUUCCCUCUCCUCUCUCCUCCUCUCCUACCCCCAGUACUUUCACGGUGCCAGCCAGAUGAGGACCUCCCCACCCCCAUACAGGAGUCCCAGCCUCUCCUCACCACAGCCCAGCCUGUCACCCCACUCCUAGACACCCAGCCUCAAUCAACCAAUCUUCAGGCAGCCUCCGCAACCCUUUCUACUACCCAUAUCGCCCUUCUUAAGCACCCCCCUAUACCCACCAAAAGUGUCCCUAUGUCCCCUACCCCCUCCUCAUUCUCAUCUCCACCCACGUCAGCCCUGCCCUCGACCCCCAGCCUUACCCAGCCCACCCAGGAGUCUCUGCCACGGCUGGAGGCUCCAACCACAGUGCCUGUCCUAGACAACCGCAGGCAGGCCCAGCCCCAGCCAAACCUCCUCACCGAGCCCAACAGACAGAUCAAGCCAGGUCAGUCACAAAGCCCACAGGACAGAGGUGAUUUACACUCAAGAGAGAUAGGGGUGUGGGGUGAUAUGAUUUUCUCUUUUUGGUAAUCAAGAAUCAGUGAAUCAUGAAUCAGUCCUACCUGUGUGAACUUGUAUUUUGUUGCAGAUGGGAUGGACAUAGACAGUGAUGCCGAUGACACUGCUGUUCCUCUACGACAUCACAUGACUCAGCCCAGGGGGAUUGUGGGAAAAUCUUCUCAUAAAGAGUCUGGCUCCUCCAAUCAGCGAGAGAUACUGCUUCACUCCUCCCACCAUCCAACUGACAGACAGACAGACUGUCCAAUCAGCCAUAAGGAUUCACAGGAGCAGGACCUGUCCUUCAAAUACAACGGUACGUGCUCUCCAAAUCCAUCUCUCUCUCUCUCUCUCUCUGUCUGUUUCUCUCUGUCUCCUUGAGAAAGUGAUUCUGAGUAGUGACCUAUGACCUUCCUCACACACACAGAUGGCUCUGAAUAAGUCUAGUGGUCCUGCUGUGGUCCUGAUGAAGGACAUACUUUAGAUUCUAGGAAGGCUUCUCAAUACUACCCUGUCGACCACAGAACACUGCUGCAGCUACUGAAUAAUGGAGGAGAAAUACUCAGAGAGAGGAUCAUUUUAUUCAGGAGGAAUACUGUUAUUGCACAUCUUUCAAUAGAGGUUAUUUCAGGGCAACCGUCAGUCAACCUGAAACCUCUGAGUCAAUCUAGCUAAAACUGACCUCCCGGUAGAUGAUACGUACAUAGAAUCAUGGAUGGGGAUUUAUGUGUACCGUAUGUGUGGUAGCACUGCAGAAUAAGGAACACUGCUACUUGCAUUGAAACACAGUAGUACUGAAUGUAAUUAUGCAUCAUAACAUGCAUGUUCCAUAACAUAGAGAUGAAAUAACAUUGCUAUUUAAUGAGGUGAUCUAUUUCUCCUCUAAGAUCGGUGAUUAGGUUAGCCAUAGAGCUUUAUGAUGGACUGUCCCAUUACCAGAGUGCUAACGAUCUACACCAUGUCCUCAUCAUCUACAUCUCAGUCAUUAGUUACCAUAGCAAUGAGGAUGUGAUGCAGUCCUCUGAGAGUAACAGUGUGUGUGUGUUCCACAGUGGGCUCCUGCAAUGAGUCGGAGAGUGAGGGAUCAGUGCCAGAGUUGGAAGAACCAGAGCGGGUGCCACUGAGAUCCUCAGAACCCCAGGUGAGUCUACCGUGUGUGGGCAGAGAACACUCUAGAAGUCCCCUCACCUCCAAGGGUGGAAACCUUGCUUUCACUGUGUGUUAUGUAAUAACAUAUUGAUAAGUCAUUAACUUUAGGUAGUGGGGUAAGAAGGAUGUGUGUUGUGGGGCCUGUAUUUUCUGAAUGGGUCGCAGCCUCAGAGAUCUGUUCUAUAUUAUCAGUCUUGAUAUGGGUAAACUACUGUAGAAUGUUCUCAGGUUUGAUGUGUUGAAUUGAUUUUGUUGUCCUCCCUUCCCUCUCAGCCUAUUUCUCCUGCUGAUGAGGGGAUAAACAGACCUAAGCAGAGCCGCAGUGAGAAGAAGGCCCGCAAGGUGAGAUGUGAACACAGAGCUGCUCCAUGCGGCAGACUCAGCUAAUCAAACACAGAGCAAAUGUGUGUGUAUUCUGUGUGUUUGGCCGCGUCAUGGUGAAAUCAGUGUGUGUGUGUGUGUGUGUGUGUGUGUGUGUGUGUGUGUGUGUGUGUGUGUGUGUGUGUGUGUGUGUGUGUGUGUGUGUGUGUGUGUGUGUGUGUGUGUGUGUGUGUGUGUGUGUGUGUGUGUGUGUGUGUGUGUGUGUGUGUGUGUGUGUGUGUGUGUGUGUAGUCUCCCGAGUGGCGCAGUGGUCUAAGGCACUAUAUUGCAGUGCAAGCUGUGCCACUAGAGAUCCUGGUUCCAAUCCAGGCUCUGUCGUAGCUGGCCGUGACCGGGAGACCCAUGGGGCGGCGCACAAUUGGCCCAGCGUCGUCCAGGAUAGGGGAGGGAAUGGCCGGCAGGGAUGUAGCUCAGUUGGUUGAGCAUGGCGUUUGCAACGCCAGGGUUGUGGGUUCAAUUCCCACGGGGGGCCAGUAAAAAAAAUUAUAUAUAUAUUUUAAAAAAAGAAUGAUGUAUGCACUCACUAACUGUAAGUCGCUCUGGAUAAGAGCGUCUGCUAAAUUACUAAAAUGUAAAUGUAAGUGUGUGUGUGUGUGUGUGUGUGUGUGUGUGUAGGCCAUGGGUAAGCUGGGCUUGCGGCCGGUCCACGGUGUGACCAGGAUCACUAUAAGGAAGUCGAAGAGCAUCUUGUUUGUCAUCAGCAAACCUGACGUCUUCAAGAGCCCCGCGUCAGACAUCUAUAUCGUGUUCGGAGAGGCCAAGGUGACCUCCUAACCUUCUCUCUCUCGCUCACUCUCUCUCUCUCUUUUACCCCCUCUCUCUUUAUACCCCUCUCUCUCUUUUCUCUCAUCUACAUUGUGUUCAGAGUCAAGGUGACCUCUCUCUCUCUUUCUCCUCCCUCUGUCCUUCUUGCUGUACUCUCUCUCAUCCCUCUCUCUCAUCUCCUCUGCUCCCCAGAUAGAGGACCUUGUCUCAGCAGGUGCACAAGGCAGCAGCAGAGAAGUUUAAGGUUCCGGUGGAGCCGUCCCCCCUGGCGCCCCCUGCACCACCCAGCCUCACCAUCAAGGAGGAGAGCGAGGAGGAGGAGGUACGGAUAUGUAUGCUCACUCAUUACGUCAAGGAAAAACACCAAUCUUUACACUAUUCUCACUCUUUCAUGUGCAGUAGUUAUUUUAGAUCUUAAUAUGAAACAAUUCUGUCUAGUGUUGCUAUAUUGCAGUCCUCUCUACUGCAGUAGUGGAAAAAGUACCCAAUUGUCAUACUUGAAUAAAAGUAAAGAUACUUUAAUAGGAAAUGACUCAAGUAAAAGUCACCCAGUAAAAUCCUACUUGAGUAAAAGUCUAAAAGUAUUUGGUUUUAAAUAUAAAGUAUCAAAAGUAAAUGUAAUUGCUAAAAUAUACUUAAGUGUCAAAAGUAAAAGUAAUAAUCACUUCAAAUUCCUUAUAUUAAGCAAACCAGACGGCACCAUUUUCUUGUUUAAUUUAUGGAUAGCCAGGGGAGAAGCAUGUGUUUAGUGACUCUGCCAGAUCAGAGGCAGUAGGGAUGACCAGGGAUUUUCUCUUGAUAAGUGUGUGAAUUAGACCAUUUUCCUGCCCUGCUAAGCAUUCAAAAUGUAACGACUACUUUUGGUUGUCAGGGAAAAUGUAUGGAGUAAAAAGUACAUCAUUUUCUUUAGGAAUGUAGUGAAGUAAAGUACAGAUACCCAAAAAAACGACUUUAGUACAUUCAAGUAUUUUUUACCACUGCUCUACUGUAAUUAGCCUGAUGGCUAAUAAGAACUGUAGCAUUGUGUUCCAUGUUCAGAAGUGUUCCAUAGUGCAACUGACCUUGACCUCUGUCAGGUGGACGAGGGAGGUCUGGAGCAGAGGGAUAUAGAGCUGGUGAUGGCCCAGGCUAACGUGUCCCGUUCUAAAGCUGUCCGCGCACUCAGACACAACACGAACGACAUCGUCAACGCUAUCAUGGUGAGGAGGGAGGGAUGAAGGAAUCUGUAGUUACUCACUAUGUCCACUAAAUGUCACUGUUGGGCCUACAGUUGCGGUUAUGAUCUGCUGAUGAUUGCAACGGUGCUUUUUCAACAGGUCUUGAAAAAAAAUAAGAAAAGCUUAACAAUGUACGUUCUUCACGCAUCCAACCCCAAGUUAUUCUCUCCUUCUCACUUUCUCAUUCUUCUCUCCCCAGGAGCUGACCAUGUGAGAGGACCCC